AUUUCAUCACUUUCAAAUUUUCAGCGUUUCUCCCGCCCUGAAGCAACUUUGAAAUACAUUCGAAGAUCACCAUUUCUCUUUAGUCGAUCAAACCGUACCAAGGAUCAUUAUAUAAACUUGCGCAAAUAAAGAGAGAAAAAACAAUGUCAAAUCAACUCAUUCAACAGCGAUUGAUCAUUCAGAAUGAGAAUUCAAACAUCAUCCCAAAGAAGACGAUGAUGAUUUCUGAAGAAAAAAAGAAAUCAAAGUUGGGUUUAGGGAAAGGAAGCCGUAAAGCACUUAAUGACAUCACAAAUAAACCCAAAAUCCAUCAACAUCAAGAAGCAUCAACUAAGAAAAAGAAUUCACAAAAGGAAAAGGAAAAAGAAGAGUUUAAUAUUGCAGAAGAAAGGUUUUUGCAUGACCACAAUAAGUGUCUUCAGGCACAACAAACAAUCACUGAAUCAAUGUUUUGGGACAUUGUUCUUCCAGGACAUUAUGGUCAUUUGCCAUUAGAAGCUCAGUUGUCCGAUCCUUUAAAGAUUGACCAUUAUACCCCUGUGGAGUUGGAAAUGUCAGAAUUCUGUGAUUGGUUGGAGUUGGGACCUCCAUCGGAAUCUCCAUUGCAUUUGGAAUCUACUCCAUGCUCUCCUUGUGCUUGGGAUUUUGAAGAGGUUGAAUUCUUUUUGAAGCCGGAAAUUGAUAUUUAAAACAGACCUAAAUGGAUAAAACUCAAAUAUUUAGCUAAAAAAGAUGGAAUGUGGAACCCUUUUAUUAGAACAGAAAAUAGGAUUAAAAAUGUGUAUGAUAUUUAGAUAUUAUGUAAAAGUAGGGAAAGAAGACAUAAAAAGUACUCAUUUUGACUUGUUACC